UUAGAACUUGUCGAUUCAUUAGUGCCAAUUUUAAUUGGUAAGCGCAUUUUCUUAGCACAAAUUGGAAAUAUCUCUGUUUCUUUUCUUUGUUGUUUCCGUACAAUUUUUGGAUAAAAAGUAAGUGGUAAAAUGAGAACUGCAUUCAUUCAGAGAGACACAAAUGAAACAAAAAUCUGUGUUGCUAUUGCUUUAGACAAGGCACCUUUGCCUAAGGAAUCGGACUUUUUGGAUGAAAUCAUCACGUCCAAGCAUGCGAAUCAAAAGGGAGAACAAACGAUUCAGGUGGAUACCGGUAUCGGCUUUCUUGAUCAUAUGUACCAUGCAUUAGCUAAACAUUCUGGCUGGAGCCUUCGUCUUUAUUCGCGGGGUGAUUUAGUCAUUGAUGAUCAUCAUACGGCUGAAGAUACCGCUAUUGCUUUAGGCAUGGCUUUUAAGAAAGCUAUGGGCAAUUUUGCCGGUGUAAAGCGCUUUGGUCAUGCUUAUUGUCCUUUGGAUGAGGCUCUUUCCAGAGCUGUCAUUGACUUGUCUGGUCGUCCGUAUUCUGUUAUUGAUCUUGGAUUAAAGCGUGAAAAAAUUGGUGAACUUUCUUGCGAAAUGGUUCCCCACCUCUUAAACUCAUUUGCUACUAGCGCUGGUAUUACCUUGCACGUCUCUUGCCUGUAUGGUAACAAUGAUCAUCAUCGUACUGAAAGUGCCUUCAAGUCUCUCGCAGUUGCCUUGCGAACUGCUACUUCUUUAACAGAAAGUAAAGAAGUACCUAGCACAAAGGGUGUUUUAUAAACCCGGUAGAUGGAUAAAAACCUUUGUGUGUGUAUUUAGACGUUUCUUAGAGGUCAGUGAUUCUGCUUUUCAACGUUGUUCAUUGUCGGUUUUAAACAAGCUUAUUGGUUUCUAUCUGUAUAAAACUUUCUGACUGUUUCUCUUCCUUUUUAUCUUUUUUUGUUAUUAUAUUAUAUGAUUGGUAUACGACUGUACAUAUUAAAAGUAAUGGAAGCCAUCUCGUCUCGUGUAAUUCGUAUUGUUUACUUAUUUAUUAUUUUUCUUUCUAUUCACCAAUAUGAUUUCAAUACAUGCUAACACGUG